AUGCCUACAAGUGCUGUAUAUCAGCCGACAACUGUAACAUAUGAGCAGCAACCGAAUGAUCAACGCUGGAAUUGCCCGAUCAGCUACUUCUCAAGGCGCGUGACAAGUAGCUUGAAUCGAGCACUUUGUAUACGACUCACAUUAUGCCUAUUUGGAAGCACAUUAUUUAUUAUAGGUCUAGCACUCCUCAUAGCUGGUGGAGUGCAGUACUCCAAGUCACCAGCAACACCUACGCCGCAGGACUCGGAUAAUGGUUUCGGAGCGCUCAUUGCCGGAGGGGUUAUAUUGUGUCUCGGAGUUCUAUUUGCAGGUAUCGGUGGGUGGGCAUGGUCAGCUCGAUGGGGAGGCGGCAAGGAGGCACAAACCAGCGGGGCUGCCGCCUUAACAGCUCUCAACCCCUCGACAGACCCCCUAGUGGCCGCACAGUACGCGCCCGUACGGGACGCACCCCCCGCACCCGAUGAUGAAAUGCGCAACCUAAUGGACAACAAGGAAUGUCUGAGCAGCGCAGAGGAGAGUGACAAAAUGUUGGAUGGUCGACCGUCGGUCGCG